AUGCAAUACAAAAUACUAUUAGUGUUAUUGGCAACCGCCAGUUGCUUCAAUUACCUUCCUGAAGUAGAAAUAGAUUUGAGCGCCCCUCCUAGACAAAGAUGGAAGGAGUCAGUCAGAACAGUAUUGACGUUAUAUGGAUAUGAAAAUUCCUUUGGACCAGUGUUCCAGUUUCACAACGAAAAUACUUUCAAUAUCUUGGCUCCUGAAGAUUAUACUACUAUAGCAAAAGCAAUAAGAAGGAAUUUCCCAGAAUAUUCAAUAGAAUUAGAAGGAAUCGUCGAAGAAUUCAAUAGACCAGAAGUUACAUUUGAGUAUUUGGCUGCUUGGGCAUACUUCCAUGAAAUCGGUCACAUUACAAGCAGGUACUACUGA